AUGUCACCCUGCCGCAUAGCGGCGCAGGCUCCGGCGGGUGCACAAGAGAUGCUCCAUUGCGUCGUCACACGCAGCGAAGGCUUGGGUUGGAAGGGGUUUUAUUGCGCAGCACUGACAUCGCGCGACACGCGACGCCUGAGCCCUGAGCACGCUAUGCGCACGCAAGGCUCUGGCCACUGGGUUUGGGUUUUGCUCCUUUACGUCGUCACACGCAGAGGAGACUUGGGGUUGCAGGGGGUUGAAUUGUGCGGCACUGGCGCCGCGCGACACACGACGCCUAAGCCCCGAUUGCAUUGGCAUGCGCUCGGAAGGCUCUGGCCGCUGGGUUUUGGGACUUAUGCUCCAUUUGCGUUGCCACACGCGGCGGAGACUUGGAUGCUGAAGGGCAGUACGCGACGCUAUUACACGCUGUGCGAUUUCCAGCCGCCUUCUGGGCCUCAGAAGACGGCUAUGCUGCAAGUCAGCCAAAAGGCUGGCCAAUUGCCAACGCCGCGCUCGAGCAUCACAGACUGCACAUACCAGCCUCCUGAGUUUGUCAAUCGGUCUCGGUGGACGGCUACAACAGAAGUGAGCCAGCUUCCUGCCAUCGAGAAAAACAACAGCGUAACACCGGUAAAGAGAGUAAAAGUCCCAGAUAUCAUCCUGCUCGCGAAAAAGGACGAGGACGUCCUGUGCGGGGCAAGCGUCGUGGCCAUGGUCUGCUGCCGUGGUGGUCGAGAAGAAAUUGUGCGCUGGGCGCUCGACCAACUCAAGUGCUGCUCGGCGUGGGAAUAUAUACGAGGAUCCGUUUGCAGCUUUCGCCCAACGCAAAUUUUGAGCACCUCUCCCGGUUACAACAACAAUCCAGAACACUCCUUUCAUCUAGCCGCCCUGGACAAUACGAGGCUGGAUAGACAUGGACCCUCAGAUGACGGGGACAACCUGUGGAUAGCAUAUGUCUACACCGGCGUGAUGAACAUUUUCAUGAGGAAAGGCUAUGCUUUGGGCCCAAAGUCUCAUGCGUAUUCCUUCAAAGUCGACUCAGGCAGCAGGGUUAUCCUCUUGACCACUCGUAACGCACAAGUUGAAGGUGCCGAUGAGGAACUCGAAAUGGACGAAGGAGAUAAGCAGAUUGGGGCAUUGCUCAAAGAGUACGACAUCAUUACUGGAUUUCAGGCCGUCCGGUGGGGAAGGCUAUUUGAGCAGGAGGCGGAGUCUUGGGGGCUGUAG